AUGAUGUUAUCCAAAGGAAAUCAAAGCGGCAUACCUACUUUUAUUCUCCUGGGUUUCUCAGAAUACCCAGAACUCCGGGUUCCACUCUUUCUGUUUUUCUUGUCCAUCUACAUAGUCACUGUGGUGGGGAAUUUGGGCAUGAUAAUAAUCAUCAAGAUCAAUCCAAAGCUCCACACAAUCAUGUACUUUUUCCUCAGUCAUUUGUCCUUUGUAGACUUCUGUUAUUCCACCGUAGUUACACCAAAACUGUUGGAGAACUUGGUUGUGGAAGACAGGACCAUCUCUUUCUCUGGAUGCAUCAUGCAAUUUUGUUUUGCUUGCAUUUUUGCAGUGACAGAAACUUUCAUGUUAGCAGCGAUGGCCUAUGACCGUUUUGUGGCAGUUUGUAACCCCUUGCUCUAUACCACUACUAUGUCUCAGAAGCUUUGCAUUCUUCUGGUGGCUGGGUCUUACACAUGGGGUGUAGUGUGUUCCCUGACACUCACGUAUUUUCUUCUUGAACUAUCCUAUUGUGAAUCUAGCAUCAUAAAUAAUUUUAUCUGUGACCACUCUGUAAUUAUUUCUGUCUCCUGCUCAGACCCCUAUAUCAGCCAGAUGUUGCGUUUUGCUAUUGCUGUAUUCAAUGAGACAAGCAGCUUGAUGAUUAUUCUUAUUUCAUAUAUACUCAUUUUCAUCACUGUUAUGAAGAUGCCUUCUGCAAGCAGGCGCUCAAAAACCUUCUCCACCUGUGCUUCCCACCUGACUGCCAUCACCAUCUUUCAUGGAACCAUUCUUUUCCUUUACUGUGUUCCUAAUCCUAAAAUGUCUAGGCUCAUAGUAAAAGUGGCUUCUGUUUUUUACACAGUAGUAAUUCCCAUGCUGAAUCCACUGAUCUAUAGUCUUAGGAACAAAGAUGUGAAGAAUAUGUUUGGAAAAUUAGUUCUCACUAAAUUGCUCUGUCACUCAUUAUAA